UGCUUUUGCUUUUGCAUGCAGCAGAGUGGCCGACGGGGCGCACAUCUAUCUAUCUCUGUCUGGCUUGGCUGUGUGGAAUUGGACCCCUCGCUGUUUUGGGAUUAAUCUCCAUCUGCUGCUCCCAGUGACUCGUAGUGGCCCUCCCUCACUAGCAGACCUCCGAUAGCGCCAACGUCUGGUUGAUAUAAUCCGCAUUCCCCUCCACCUCCAUCUCCCACCUCGAAUCCUGUAUCCUUCUCUCUCCCUCUUCCUCCAUCUCCUACAAACUGCCGUCAUCCAGCAUGGCGUCGCUUGCAGUGGACAAAAACACCGAAACCGCCAUUGACGACAACGAGUUUGAUGACAACCAUGGCGUGCAUGGCGAGCACCAUCCCCACAGGAACUCGGUGCACCACAAGCUGCGCGCGAGCAGCUCCAUUAUGCAGCUGAAGAAGCUCUUGGUCGCCAACCGAGGAGAAAUCCCCAUCCGCAUCUUCCGCACUGCCCACGAGCUGUCGCUGCACACGGUCGCCGUCUACAGCCAUGAGGACCGCCUCAGCAUGCACAGGCAAAAGGCCGACGAGGCCUACGAGAUUGGCGCGCGCGGCCAGUACACGCCCGUGGGCGCCUACCUGGCUGGCGACGAGAUCAUCAAGAUUGCCGUCGAGCACAAUGUGAACAUGAUUCACCCGGGCUAUGGCUUCUUGUCCGAGAACGCAGAGUUUGCGCGCAAUGUCGAGAAGGCUGGCCUGAUUUUCGUCGGUCCGUCGCCCGAUACCAUUGACGCGCUCGGUGACAAGGUCUCUGCACGAACGCUGGCCAUCAAGUGCAACGUCCCCGUCGUGCCCGGCACCCCGGGUCCCGUCGAGAAGUUCGAGGACGUCAAGGCCUUCACCGACGAGUUUGGCUUCCCCAUCAUCAUCAAGGCGGCUUUUGGUGGUGGUGGCCGUGGCAUGCGUGUGGUGCGCGAGCAGUCGACACUCAAGGACUCGUUCGAGCGCGCAACCUCAGAGGCCAAAUCCGCUUUUGGAAACGGCACCGUCUUCGUUGAGCGCUUCCUCGACAAACCCAAGCACAUCGAAGUCCAACUUCUGGGUGACAACCUCGGCAAUGUCGUCCAUUUGUACGAGCGUGACUGCAGUGUGCAGCGCCGUCACCAGAAGGUCGUCGAGAUUGCCCCGGCAAAGGAUCUUCCCGUGGCCACACGCGAUGCUAUCUUAGCUGAUGCAGUCAGGCUGGCACAGUCCGUGAAGUACCGUAACGCUGGCACAGCAGAGUUCUUGGUCGAUCAACAGAACAGAUAUUACUUCAUAGAAAUCAAUCCUCGAAUCCAGGUCGAACAUACCAUUACUGAGGAAGUCACCGGUAUCGACAUCGUUGCCGCUCAGAUUCAGAUUGCCGCGGGUGCUUCCCUUGAGCAGCUUGGCCUGACCCAGGACCACAUCUCCACCCGUGGAUUUGCUUUCCAGUGCCGCAUCACCACAGAAGACCCUAGCCAGAACUUUGCACCAGACACUGGCAAGAUUGAGGUCUACCGUUCCGCUGGUGGCAAUGGUGUCCGUCUCGACGGUGGAAAUGGCUUUGCAGGUGCCAUCAUUACUCCUCAUUACGACAGCAUGCUUGUCAAGUGCUCGUGCCGUGGCUCAACCUACGAGAUCGUCCGCCGAAAGAUGCUUCGUGCGCUUGUCGAGUUCCGUAUCCGCGGGGUCAAGACCAACAUCCCCUUCUUGAUCAAGCUCCUUACACAUCCUACCUUUGUCGACGGCAAGUGUUGGACAACCUUCAUUGACGACACCCCCGCUCUCUUCGACCUCAUCGGCUCCCAGAACCGAGCCCAGAAGCUACUUGCCUACCUCGGUGAUCUUGCCGUCAACGGCAGCCAGAUCAAGGGUCAAAUUGGCGAGCCCAAGUUCAAGGGCAUAAUUCCCAUCCCUGCCAUCUACGAUAGCAAGGGUAACAAGGUCGACACCUCUGUGCCCUGCACCAAGGGCUGGCGGAACGUUAUCCUCAAGGAGGGCCCUGAAGGCUUUGCAAAGGCUGUUCGUGCCAACAAGGGCUGCUUGAUCAUGGAUACUACGUGGCGUGACGCCCACCAGUCUCUCCUCGCUACUCGUGUGCGAACCGUCGACUUGCUCAACAUUGCCAAGGAGACCAGCCACGCUUUCUCGAACGCUUGGGCACUCGAGUGUUGGGGUGGAGCCACUUUCGAUGUUUCCAUGCGUUUCCUCUACGAGGAUCCUUGGCAGCGUCUCAGGCAGAUGAGAAAGCUCGUUCCCAACAUUCCCUUCCAGAUGCUUCUUCGUGGAGCCAACGGUGUCGCCUACUCAUCUCUUCCGGACAACGCCAUUUUCCACUUCUGCGAACAGGCUAAGAAGCACGGAGUCGACAUUUUCCGCGUCUUUGAUGCGCUGAAUGACGUCGAGCAGCUUGAGGUCGGUAUCAAGGCUGUCCUCAAGGCUGGGGGUAUUGUUGAGGGAACAGUAUGCUAUUCUGGGGAUAUGUUGAACCCGAAAAAGAAGUACAACCUCGAGUACUACCUUGAUGUUGUCGACAAGAUCGUCAAGAUGAACAUUCAUAUACUCGGCCUUAAAGAUAUGGCUGGUGUUCUCAAGCCCCGUGCUGCCCGCCUUCUCGUUGGUGCUAUCCGCGAGAAGUACCCAGAUCUUCCCAUUCAUGUCCACACUCACGACUCUGCGGGAACUGGUGUUGCUUCCAUGGUAGCCUGUGCUGAGGCUGGUGCCGACGCUGUCGACGCGGCUAUCGACAGCAUGUCUGGCAUGACGUCGCAGCCCAGCAUUGGUGCCAUUAUUGCCUCUCUUGAGGGCACUGAGCAUGAGUCUGGUCUGGACGCUCACAUGAUCCGCAACCUCGACGCUUACUGGGCUCAACUGCGUCUGCUCUACUCGCCCUUUGAAGCUGGCCUCACUGGUCCUGACCCCGAAGUAUAUGAGCACGAAAUUCCCGGAGGUCAGCUUACCAACCUUAUUUUCCAAGCCUCUCAGCAGGGUCUCGGUGAGCAGUGGGCUCAAACGAAGAAGGCUUAUGAGGAGGCCAACGAUCUGCUGGGCGACAUCGUCAAGGUCACGCCAACGUCCAAGGUUGUGGGUGACCUGGCCCAGUUCAUGGUUUCCAACAAACUCAACCAUGAUGACGUGCUCGCCAAGGCAGAGCAGCUUGACUUUCCGUCGUCGGUCUUGGAGUUUUUUGAAGGGUUGAUGGGAAUGCCUUAUGGGGGGUUCCCGGAGCCUCUCCGCUCGCAAGCGCUCCGUGGCCGUAGGAAGAUGGACAAGCGCCCCGGCCUAUACCUCGAGCCGGUCGACAUCGCAAAGGUCAAGGCCGAUCUCAAGUCGAAGUGGGGCGAUGCUACCGAGUGCGAUGUAGCGUCAGCUAUCAUGUACCCCAAGGUCUUCGACGAGUACAAGAAGUGGACUACCAAGUAUGGCGAUCUCUCCGUUCUGCCGACGCGCUACUUCUUGUCGCGCCCUGAGAUUGGUGAGGAGUUCCACGUCGAGCUCGAGAAGGGCAAGGUGCUCAUCCUCAAGCUUCUCGCCAUCGGACCGCUCUCGGAGCAGACUGGUCUCCGUGAGGUCUUCUAUGAGAUGAACGGUGAAACACGUACCGUUACCGUCGAGGAUCAGCACGCGGCUAUUGAGAACGUAUCUCGGCCAAAGGCCGAUCCUACCGAUAGCAGCCAGGUUGGCUCACCCAUGUCGGGCGUCCUCGUUGAGGUCCGUGUACACGAUGGCAGUGACGUCAAGAAGGGUGACCCGGUUGCUAUUCUCAGCGCCAUGAAGAUGGAGAUGGUUAUUUCGGCUCCUCAUUCUGGCAAGGUCAGCAACCUGUCGGUUCGCGAGGGCGAUUCAGUGGACUCUGGAGACCUUGUCUGCAAGCUUGUCAAGUGAACAUGAUGCAACAAAUGCAUUAUGUUAUCAGGAGUAUCAGUCUCGCUUAUACGCACACUGCGGCGGCGGGUUACGACCGACAUGAAAUUCUAUGCCUUGAUAAAUUUGGGUAUUGUGAUUUCUUGACCCCGGGCGGAUUAAGUAUGAGCAAUAAGUACCGAAUCACGGCGUUGGUAUGCCGAUUUCUCAUUUCAUAGAUGAUCGGUUCAUAAAUGUAAAAUGUAAAAUGGCUGGAUAGAUCAAGUGACGCGGAGAUGGUUGCAUGUAUGUGUAGGGCUUUCAUUAGAAGACGCAGACAGCACUAUUCGUAGAAGAAAUCACUAGAAAUUGGAAUAAGUAUAGUAUUGACUUUAUUGUUACAUCCC